CGUCAAUAGAGAGCAUAGAAAUUGCAGUGAAUUUGGUGGAGCUUUGAGUUUACAUUGAGUUUGCAUUACAUUGUAUUGAAUGCAAUGAAUGUCUUAUUGUUGUUAUCAUUGUUACCAUUCAUUGCCACCAAUUGUCGUCUUCAUUGAGUCCAACACGAGUCGCGCGAACCACUCGUCCGGUACUGCCAUUCAAUAGCACACCAUAUAUGCAAUGAUCGCCAUCUCAUCCCAAUUGACACACAAAUUGUCGCCAAUUAUGACAUUGUGUUGAAGACACCAAUCGUUGCGCUCGUAAACCAAACGACAACUCACUGUCUCUUCGCCGUCACUACACAGCCAUUGGUCUCGCGAUAGUCUUCGCAGACACUGACCACUGCUGUCGCGGACGCCACGCAAUAACACUUCGCCACCGAUUGAGUGGACGAGACGACGGCCGACGCGAUGAUGGCGUCCAUCGAAAAACAGUUACAAAAUCUGAGACAACGUCUGAAUCUGGAGAACGAGUCGACGCCGCCGUUCGGACACAACGCCAACGGCUCCGCCACUCACUCGCCGCAGACCAACAGCGCCGCGAACCACAUCCCCAGCCGUCGACCGCCGCCUCCGCCCCCACCACAGCACCAAACGAGCGACCCGUCGCUGUCGACGUUACCGACGCGGACGCCGCCGACGCCGCCCACCCCUGCCUACAGAGCGCCUCCCGGCUGGACGCCGGCGCCCGUACAGCAGUUUCCGCGUCGCCAGUACUCGCUGUCGGCCACUCAGCGCCAGAGUAACCAGAAUUUGCAGCUCAAUCUGAGUCACGUGACCACAGCUCCCGGCGCCGCACCCAACAGCUCGCAGAGCCUUAACGCCCAGUGUCUGAGUCCGCGGCCGCGGCCCAGAAAUCUACUGAUAGGCGGAGGUCUGUCCCCCGGGAGGCCGGGCUCGCCCUCCCGUAACGUUAAACCAAUUCCACUGAAUUUGUCGCAAAAUCUUCAGCAGAACCCAAACGAAGAGAAUAAG